UUCCUUCCCAAUUUUUCAACCCCAUUCAUUCGCCUUCUUCUUCUUCUUCUUCUUCUUCUUCCUUGUUCCACUGCUGAAGUUCCAGAGAAAAAUGGAUUUCCUCCAUGGCUUACCUCCUCUCAAAAGGCUCAGAAUCCUUCAAGAACAAGAACAAAAUCGUCAGAAGGAGGACCAAUCGCUUGAUUCUUGUUCCCUCCCAGCGAAGAAGCGAAAGGAGUCUCGUGAUUCUUCAUUACUCCUAAUUCCUGACGCUUCUCCUUACUGCUUGCCCACCAAGAAAAGGGUGCGGGCCUUUCACCCUGAUUUUGCACCGGAGUCAUUGGAUCUCAAUGUUGAAUAUAAGCCACCUCUGGAGGAAGAAUCCAUAUCGAAAUCUGAAUUAGAGGGACAGAAAAAGGAGGAAGAGGAUAAGGAAAAGGAAAAGGAAAAGGAAGUUUCUGAUGUUGAAAUGGAGAUUCAAGAGAUUGAAACAGUCCAAGAUGAAGAGGAAGAUGAUGGGAUUCUUUGUGCGAUUUGUCAAAGCACAGAUGGGGAUCCUUCAGAUCCAAUUGUAUUCUGUGAUGGAUGUGAUUUAAUGGUACACGCUUCAUGUUAUGGUAAUCCUCUUGUAAAGAGUAUACCAGAAGGAGAUUGGUUCUGUAGCCAAUGCUUAGCUUCUUCGUCUUCCGAGACGGGGAAGAAGGUUACAGAAACACCAUUUUCAUGCUGCCUUUGUCCUCUUAAAGGAGGAGCCAUGAAGCCGACGAACGACGGCCAAUGGGCUCAUAUUGUUUGUGGACUCUAUGUUCCUGAGGUGUUCUUUGAGGACCCAGAAGGGAGAGAAGGGAUUGAUUGCUCGAAGAUUCUGAAGAGGAGAUGGAAAACUAAAUGUUAUAUCUGCAGAACUUCUAGAGGUUGUUCUAUUGACUGCUCAGAGCCUAAAUGUAGUUUGGCUUUUCAUGUUACUUGCGGGUUGGAGGAGGAUCUAUGUAUUGAGUACCAAGAAGGAAGAUCUGGUGCUAUUGUAGCUGGGUUUUGUAGAAACCAUACAGACUUGUGGAAGAAGCAACAACUAACAGGGAAAUUCAAGAUAGUGGCUAGAGAUGAAGGUAAGUUGUAGUUGCUGCCACAUAGCUGCUGGGAAAUCAGCAAAUCAGCUUGCUCUAAAUUUAGGAUCAAAUGUUUAGAUAGUUAUUUCAGUUAAUGUUUUUAGUCUUUGUAAUUUUGAUGUUAGAGCAAUAAACUAGUGUUGUAAUUCCUUUUUAUUCAUAGAAUAUCCCUAAAAGGAGUUGUUGAAUAGUUGAGUAAAAUCAAUAUGAUUGUUA